AUGGCCCGCGCCUCCGCGGCUGGCUUCCUUUUACGGCGGCACAUAAAGGAUAAAGUGUGCCCGCCAGCCUUCCCGCGCGAUAUUGCCAGCCUUCGUCACCGGCCUCCAUCACCGUGCCGUACAGCGCACGGUGAGAACUCAGCCAUCGGGCUGACGGCUCUGUCCGACUACUUACAUGACGGCUUCCAGCGGCAGCGGCGGGAACUGUGCAGCGAUGGGGCGCGAGAACAGCCGCCACACCUGAUGGCCCGCGCCUCCGCGGCUGGCUUCCUUUUACGGCGGCACAUAAAGGAUAAAGUGUGCCCGCCAGCCUUCCCGCGCGAUAUUGCCAGCCUUCGUCACCGGCCUCCAUCACCGUGCCGUACAGCGCACGAGCCCCUGCACGCCUGCAACGGCGGCGCGCCUCACCCAGGGGCGGAGGUGUGCGAGGGCUGCGGCCGCGAGAUCCACGACCGCUUCGUGAUGCGCGUGUCGGGCGCGUCGUGGCACGAACACUGCCUCGCCUGCUGCGACUGCGGCGCGCUGCUCUCCGGCUCGUGCUACCUGCGCGCCGGCAGCCUCUACUGCAAGCACGACUACGACAGGAAGUUCGGCGCCAAGUGCUCGCGGUGCGGCGAGCGGGUGCUGCCACACGAGCUGGUGAUGCGUGCGCAGGCGCACGUCUUCCACGUGGCGUGCUUCGCGUGCGCCGCCUGCUGCCAGCCGCUGCAGAAGGGCGAGCAGUUCGUGGUCCGCGCCGGCCAGCUCUACUGCCGGCACGACUUCGAGAAGGAGCUCUUCCUCAUGCACCAGGCCAGCCCCUCGGCAGUGGAGGACGACGUGCUGGACGAGAACUCGCGGCCGCGGGACGGCCGGCGCGGCCCCAAGAGGCCGCGCACCAUCCUGACGUCGGCGCAGCGCCGCCAGUUCAAGGCCAGCUUCGAGAUCAGCCCCAAGCCCUGCAGGAAGGUGCGUGAGGCCUUGGCAAAGGAGACGGGGCUGAGCGUGCGGGUGGUGCAGGUGUGGUUCCAGAACCAGCGGGCCAAGAUGAAGAAGCUACAGCGCAAGGCGAAGCAAGAGGCGUCCACCGGCGACCACAAGGGUGGCAACGGCACCGGGGACCAUAAGGCUGCAGACAAGGCCGGCGACACCGACAAGAACGGCAUCAAGCAGGAGCCCGGCUCGCACCACAAUCAGUACCUUGGCGUCAAUGGCCUAUCUGUGAGGGAUCCUGACGUCAACUUCACGCCAUCUGGCAGCCAGCCGCUCAACCCCAAUGUUCCCUACUCACCUGAUGAUGGUUACCCUAACCACUCAGGGGAAAGCUUCUGCAGCUCUGAUAUUUCACUGGAUGAUAGUACAAAUUUUGAGCAGCUAGAUGAAGGUGGCUCGGACAGCAUGUCCCUACAGAAUCUUGAAGUGCAGCACACUCAUCAGCAUCCUCCACACCCACCACCUGACGUUUUACUUCCUAGUGUUGUUCAGGUUAAUCCAAUAGACAAACUCUAUCUUAUGCAGAAUUCAUACUUCAGCACGGAACAGUGACUGUUGUAGUCUUCUGGAGUGACAU